AUGGCUGUGACACUGGAUAACGAAAAACCACUAUACUUCGAAGAACGCAACGAGGAUCAAAACGAAUCGUUGAUUUUCCUACAUGGCGGAGGGGGGAGCCAUAUCGAGUGGAAGUUGGUCGCUGCUCAACAGUCAUUAGCAUCAUAUCAUCUUAUUCUGGUCGAUUUACCAACGCACUCAGGAUCUCGCGAUAUUGGUCCUUUCGCACUCGAAACGGCCGCUGAUGAAGUGUUUAAGGUCAUCCGAGGACAUGCACAUCAAGGAAAGGCACAUGUGGUUGGGUUCUCGGUAGGCGGAUUUGUCGCCCUUGUCCUCGCACCACGCCAUCCUGAUGCUUUGCUGUCGACCUUUGCAACGGGAGCGUACCCUUAUAGAGGCCUUUUCAAAUGGGUCAUGGAACGACCGACUGUGAUGUGGAUUGCCAGCAGUAUUGAGAACAUUCCAGGUUUGACAGAAUGGACACUGCGGAAACAAGGAAUUGAUUAUGAGGAGUGGCUGGCAGAAUCGAAGAGAAACAAAUCACCACAGAGGAGCAAAAAUCUUGCUAAAGAGCUCAGUGCCUUUAGUAUGGAGCAUGUAAAGGCUGUUGCUGAUUCUGGUGUAAGAACUUGUGUUGUUUCUGGAGGCAAGAUGGAUCAAACAGAUGCUGUGCAAGAAAUGGGAACGAUUCUCAGGGAGGGAGGACGUAUCAAGGGUGUUUCCAAUAUGGCUUUUGUUGUGAGGGAAGCCUAUCAUCCAUGGCACUUGCAGUUACCUGAGUUGUUUGCUGCUGGAGUUGCUGCCUGGGUUCAAGGACAAGAGCUACCUGUCGGGUUUGAGAGCCUAUAG